AUGGAUGCUAGCAGUAGUGAGGGAAUGGUUACAGAGAUCUCUGAUUAUCAUUUGACUCAUGAUAAGGUAAGGAGGGUUAUUGUAGCAUCUGAAAGAGACAAUUAUGCUAGCCUUGGAUAUUAUGUUUUGAAUGUGGCUGAAGGACUAAAACCCCCAAGAAGUAAGGGUAAAUAUGAUUAUCCAGGAGCUACUACACGUGUAGAAGAACCUGUAAGUACUGAUGGUGCAGAAGUACAUGUUGGUACUGAUGAUGCAAAAGUACAAGCUAGUACUGAUGGUACAUGUAUUGAUGGUGUAGAAGUACAUGCUUGUACUGAUGGUGCGGAAAUACAUGCCAGUACUAAUGGUGCAGGUAUUGAUGCUUGGAAUGACCCUAAGAUUGAUGUUCUAGUUGAAGAUAUGAUUGCAUCUUUUAGGAUCAAUCUUCUCAGGAACAACAAUAUGAUGUCUUUAAUCCAUCAGAUGUCUAGAAAAAAUCUCCAAGAAUGA